GUGUACUGAAGCAUCAUGUCCAUCCCCACCGUCGACAUCGCCCCCUGGCUAAACCCCCAUGCCUCCGAGACCGCCCGCCAGCACGUCGUCGACGCCAUGCACGACGCCGGCACCACCUACGGCUUCUUCACCCUGCCCCGAAGACGAGAAGAUGAAGGUCUGGAUCGGCAGCUCCGUGGGUCGCCCGUUCCGCGGGUACGAGCGCACCCCCCACCCCCGGCAUCCAAACGCACCAGGAGGGGUUGUUGCCGGGCACCAAGGAGGUAAACUCAGCCCUUCUGCGUUUUGACUGCCUUGCGCGUCCCUUCUGCUUUCCUCCUGACUAUUUUGAUAUUGAGACUCACUGAACGCAUGACAGUGCUUCAUCAUCGGCCACGAAGUUUCGGCCACCGACCCCAGAAAGCGGCACCUUCCCCACCGGCCCCAAACCUCUG